UGCACGGGUAUUCGGUUUGGCAAAUAAAGGCAGAUCCAGAGAUGGGGAAGAAGAGCAGGGUGAAAACGCAGAAGUCCGGCAGUGGGGCGGCAGCAGCCGUGUCCCCGAAGGAAAUUAUGAACCUGAUCACCGAAUUACUACAGAAGUGCAGUAAUCCCAAUUCUGCUCCGGGAAGAGAGUGGGAAGAAUACGUGCAGAUUCGCGGCCUUGUCGAAAGAAUCCGUAGGAAGCAGAAAGUUGGCUUGUCCGUUGUAUUUGACGGGAAGAGGGAAGAUUAUUUCCCCGAACUUAUUGAGUGGGCGAGAACAAAUGGAGCGUCAACUGAAGGUUUUGAACUUGUAGAGUUUCCCAAUGAAGGCUUCGGGCUGAAGGCGACAAGAGAGAUAAAGGCUGAAGAGCUGUUCCUGUGGGUACCAAGGAAGUUACUAAUGACUGUGGAGUCUGCUAAGAAUUCCAUGUUGGGAUCCCUGUACUCCCAGGACCGGAUUUUACAGGCAAUGGGAAACAUUACCCUCGCCUUCCACUUGCUGUGUGAAAGAGCAGAUCCCAGUUCCUUUUGGCUGCCAUACAUAAAGACCCUGCCCAGCAACUAUGACACCCCUCUGUAUUUCGAGGAGGACGAAGUUCGCUACCUGCAGUCUACACAAGCCAUACAUGAUGUAUACAGCCAGUACAAGAACACAGCACGGCAGUAUGCCUACUUCUACAAAGUCAUCCAGACUCAUCCUAAUGCCAGCAAGCUGCCCCUAAAGGAUGCGUUCACGUUCGAUGACUACAGAUGGGCCGUGUCCUCCGUCAUGACACGUCAGAAUCAGAUCCCCACAGAGGAUGGUUCACGGGUGACUCUGGCAUUAAUUCCGCUCUGGGACAUGUGCAACCACACCAAUGGCCUGAUAACUACCGGUUAUAAUUUAGAGGAUGACCGAUGCGAGUGCGUGGCGUUGCAGGAGUUUAAAGCCGGGGAACAGGUAAGAUGUGGCAGAGAGGACCAUUUGUGA